CGUGUUAAAAUGUUCCCGGUCAGAGUGAUCCUACAAUUCGUCCUCAUUUUAAUAUUUUUUGACACGUUUGUCUUCGGAAAAGCAGAUGGGAUGUUCGAUAAGAUAAAAACUGGUUUUCGAUACGCGAACGAUUACUUAGAAAUCGUCAAGGACGUAGCCAAUCUUGUAUCUCAAAGUUUGAAUCCUGAAAAGGAAGAAUCUUCUAAACGCGGAGAUCACGAAGGAGAUGAGAAAAAUCAAGAUUUUGGUCCGACCAACGUAAUCUCAGCAUUCUUCAGAUUACUCGGUCUUGAUUCACAAAAGAUCGCAGCUAUUGCAGUGAACAGUGUCAUUUUUCUCGCACAAAUGAUCAGUUCUCUUUUCGGAUUACCAUCGGUGAAAGACAAUAAAGUUGAUCGAUCCAUUGAAACUGAGUCACCUUGGGAUCCACUGAAAUUUAUCCUAGAGAAUAAAAAUGAUAAAAUGACAAGAUUGAUCGAGGAGGCUCGAAACGAGGCACUUCCGGAUCGAUUGAUGGACACAAUAGAUGGUUUCGAUUCAGCCUGCAUCAGAUUGUUACUUUGUAAAGCAUCUAUAGUGAUCAGAUCUGCUCAAGAGUCUCUGAAGAAGAAGAAGUCAAACGGGAUUCGUUCGUUUACCGCUUGGCUUCCGUCUAAAGAAGACUUCGAGAGGAACUCCGAUGAGUGUGAGGACAAAUACACAGAUUGUAGAUUAUUUCCGGAAUCAUGAGUUCAAGGAAGACGAGGAGAGAUAGAGAGAGAGAGAGAGAGAGAGAGA